AUGUUUCUGAGAUGCUUCAAUAAGCGGGUGCUUCUUAAAGCUGGUUCGCCGGUGAGUACGUGUCUUAGGACUAGUGCUUUGCGGACGUAUUCCUCUCAAAAAAAUCAGUCUAAGAAAGAUGAUCUUCCCAGUUUUACGAAAAUAGCACUUGUGGGUGUGGUUGGCACUAUCAUUUUCGUAGAGACCGUGAAAUCGCUUGACAAAAAUAAGCCCAAAAACUCGUACUCAGAGUCGGAGUUUGAAACCGAGAUGCAGGGCGUAAAACGUCGUAAAAUGAUGUUCCAGCCAGGCCAGUUGCAUAUCGAGUUGGUGACUUCAGGAGUGUCGAGAAGCGUGCUCGAAAAGCAGAGACCACUCUCGAAGAUAGUGGACGUAGGCGAGGCAGUGGAGUACUAUAGACACCUGCAAGACGAUAAGUAUUAUGCGCUUCUGAACGAAAUUCACGAAAGUCACGGCGCCAGUUAUCCAGAGCAUCUACCGAAGGGCCUGCAGGUGAUGCUUGUUGCUCGCUAUCUGAAGGAAAACUGUCAAGAGGGCGACAGCGUCGUGGUCACGAACUUUCCGCUUAAAAUUCAGGAUGCCAUCAAGUUUGAAAAUGAGGUCAGUCUGGUCGACAGAGUGAUCUUUACUGAAUCCAGUGUAGGGACUGAAUUGGGCCAAUACUACCAGACAGUGAACAAAGUAGAAAUUCUAAAAUAA